AUGAAUCUUACCUACAGAAAUAACUUGAAAGAGAGAGGUUGUUCAUUUCCUCUCCAUGCAUGCUCAGAGCUGGAAUUGAAACAACUGUCUUUGGAACCUUCCAACAUCGCAGAGUUCGAGUUAAACAACAGUAGGAAUUCCAUGCAAACGCUUCAUACCAACUCAAGCUCGAUACGAACAACGUUCAACUCUGACCAGAGGAGGUAUCACACCAACGGUCAGUAUUCCGAUCAAGAAUUUACUCCCACCUAUGCAGCCUCAAUGAUGAUGGACUUUUCGUUGACUGAUACUCUCCCUCAAGAACAACAACAACAACCACAACCACCAACAUUCAACUCUCAACACAUCCCUUAUCGUACUCGUGUGGAGGAAGUUUCACCCAUCAAGAAACAUGAUUCUCCUGAAAUGAUAGGCUUGGCUCCAACACCGACCACCAUAACUCUGACAAAACUUCCCAAGAGGAUGCAGCAUAACAGAACACCUCGUGCAUGUUCAGAGUGCAGAAAAGCACACAAGAAGUGUGAUCAACAACGUCCAUGCUUUCGUUGUGUGUUGAAUGGUACAGAAGAUUUGUGUGUGGAUUGUGAUACAGGUCGAAGAAGAGGUAGAAAACCCUUAAAAACCAGUGGGAAUUCAUUUGCCACAGUGCAUGUAUUUAAUACCAAGUUCAACACUCAGUCGAGCAGUAGUAGCAAUGAGAGUAGUACGACUCCUACAAAUAUUUCCACAGCAACGCCCAUAAUUCACAGUGCCAUGAACCAACCUGUAGUGAAUCAAGAACAACAUUUCAUUACGACCCCUAAUAUCAAUUACCAGCAUGGAUCGCCAGUCGUCACGCGAUCGAAUUCAAUCGUAGCACCUUCACCAAUAACGGAUAAUAGCAUCAAGUUCCAAAACAAAACGUCACGGUCAAGAGAACCGUUCAUGAGUGUCAUGCGAAUGGACAGGAGAGAACAUCAACAACAGGCAGGGCACUUUCCAAAUGAAACCAUUCAUUCACAUGUUUCAACAACAACUUUUCACGAGAAGAAUAUUCAUGCAAAUACUAGAACAAUGCCAAUGCGACCCGAAAUGAUUCCUUCGUGGAGUGUUAUCAAUAUCCAUAACAUGAUUUGUAAUAGUAUCAACAUGGAUGCUCCACUUCCAAUGACAGCUUGUUUUUCUCCCUCGAGCUAUGUUGCCCUUCCAUCAUUUAGAGAAUUGACUGAAAAUGUUGUAUACGCCACCAACUCUCAGGCUAUAUUGGAAAUGUGA